UUUGCUAGAUUUCAGUUUGUUUACACGUGCUCCCCUACAGUGCAGAAAGAUUAGAAAUAAAGCGCCAAAUCUGAAAACACGGACAGGAAGAAACACCCAUGUGUGAAUAUUGUUAAUGUAGGUUAUAUAACUACUGCUCAUCCAUCCAGAAUACUUCAUGUCUAAGUGGUCCUGUUCAGUCUUCAGAUGAACAUGAUGCUCAGUCCGGAUCAGGUGUCCUUCAUAGGACUGGCGUUUGAGACUUAUGUGAUGGAGCACCACAAGAAUGACAUCCUACAGAUCUUCCAGGAGGCCAGUGAAGAUGCUCACUAUCCUGUUGUAGUGAAUGCCAUGACCUUAUUCGAGGACAAUAUGGAGGUUGGAGAGUGUUUCAAUGCGUUCCCCAGUCAGGUGCUGCCUAUAUUUGACAAUGCCCUGCACAGAGCAGCCCAGACCAUAUCUCAGUCUUCUUCCUCACCUCAGGAGAGUUUCAAACUCAAACACAAUCUGCAUGUUCGUAUAUCAGGUUUACCUAUGUGUCCCGAGCUGACCAGAGAUCACAUUCCUAAAGCUAGAGACGUGGGACACUUCCUGUCCGUCACGGGCACGGUCAUUCGCACCAGUGUGACUAAAGUGCUGGAGUAUGAGAGAGACUACAUGUGCAAUAAAUGCAGGCAUGUGUUCUCCGUGCAAGCUUCUUUUGAGCAGUUUUAUACCUUCACUCCACCCACCAGCUGCCCCAAUGAGGAAGGAUGUAAUUCUUUCAAAUUCACCUGCCUGUCAGGAAGUGACGCCCCUCCGGCCGCCUGCAAGGACUACCAGGAGAUCAAAAUCCAAGAGCAGGUACAGAAACUGUCAGUGGGCAGUAUCCCUCGAUCUAUGCUCAUCAUCCUGGAGGACGAUCUUGUGGACAGCUGCAAAUCAGGCGAUGACAUCACAGUGUAUGGAGUUGUGUGUCAGCGCUGGAAGCCGAUGUUUCUGGAUUGCCGCUGUGAUGUGGAGAUUGUGCUGAAAGCAAACUAUAUUGAGGUCAACAAUGAGCAGUCCACCACAGCACUGGUGCUGGAAGACAUUCAGAAGGAGUUUGAAGAUUUCUGGGACAGUCACAAACAUAACCCCAUUGCUGGCAGGAAUGAGAUCUUGAUGAGUCUUUGCCCUCAGGUGUUCGGCAUGUACGUCGUCAAGCUGGCUGUUGCUAUGGUUUUGGCAGGUGGGGUACAGAGAAUAGAUGUGUCUGGAACCAAGGUGAGAGGAGAGUCUCAUCUGCUGCUCGUGGGCGAUCCAGGCACUGGGAAAUCACAGUUUCUGAAGUACGCGGCUAAGAUUACACCACGCUCUGUGCUCACUGCAGGAAUCGGAUCUACUAAUGCAGGUCUGACAGUGGCGGCUGUUAAGGACUCUGGAGAGUGGCAUCUGGAGGCAGGAGCCCUCGUUCUCUCUGAUGGAGGUCUAUGCUGCAUCGAUGAAUUCAACAGCAUCAAAGAACACGACCGCACCAGCAUCCAUGAGGCCAUGGAGCAACAAACCAUCAGUGUGGCCAAAGCCGGAAUGGUGUGCAAACUGGACACAAGGACCACCAUCCUGGCAGCUACUAACCCAAAGGGGCAGUACGACCCUAAUGUGUCAGUUUCUGUGAACGUGGCCCUCGCGAGCCCCCUCCUGAGCCGCUUUGAUCUCGUACUGGUUCUGCUGGAUACUAAAAACCCAGAAUGGGACAAAAUAAUCUCCUCCUUUAUCCUGCAGAAUAAAGGAGCGCCGAGUGAGUCUUCAUGUUUAUGGAGUAUGGAGAAGAUGAGGGCCUAUUUCUGCCUGAUUAAGACUCUUAAGCCUUGUAUAACACAGGAAGCAAACACCAUCCUGAGCCGCUACUAUCAGCUGCAGAGACAGAGCAACAGCCGUAACGCCGCCCGGACGACCAUCCGCAUGCUGGAGAGUCUCAGCCGCCUUGCUGAGGCUCAUGCCAGGCUGAUGUUCAGAGAGGCGGUGACAGUAGAGGACGCUGUUGUUGUGGUGUCUGUUAUGGAGUGCUCCAUGCAGGGAGGCGCUCUUCUUGGAAAUGUGAAUGCUCUACACACCUCUUUUCCUGAUGACCCCUGUGAACAGUAUAAAACACAGUGUGAGAUUGUGCUCGAGAGGCUGGGAUUGACGGAUAUCCUACAGAAAGAACUGCUCAGACUUUCAAGGCUAAAGAACAGAAGACCGGACUCCCCUAAAGGGACCGAACCACAUAGUGACCACACCAGCAAUCGUCAAGCUGGUCAAAAUCACAGUAGUGGUGAGGUGACCACUGAUUCAGACCCUAGCCUGGACUGGUUCCACUCCUUAUCCUCCCCGACUGAAACUGGCUCUGUCGUUCACACCUCCCCCGUCAUUACCUCCACACAGACCGCCACAACCACACUGGGCGGCACGGCGGUGUUGCCUAGCAACAGCCGUUCCAUACGCCACAAGGGUUCUGUGUGGGAGAAGGAUGAGGAUCCAUCCAUGGUUGAGGCUGUUGUGGAAAAGGGCUCCAAACAGCUCAGAGCCAAACGGUUGAAAGAGAUGAAAGCAUCCCUCCUGCUGAGUGAGGAACGAGUUUUAGGAGAGACCGGCGACGAUUUAGAGGAGAUAUUCUCCCACAGUACACCCAAAACAGGGAAGAAACCCUCAAAAAGAAAAAACACAGCCAUCAGUCCUCCUGACAUCAGAGCCGAGAGCAGAGAGGAUUUACGUAGCAAACUCACAAACUUCACAUUCCAACCCAGAGAGAGAAUGACUCGUGCUGAUCAGGCGGUUGCGAAAGCGAGUGUCAAAGUGGCGGUGCAUGAGGGGUGAAAC